AGCUUCCGCGUAAACUUGAAAAUGUUUUUUUAACAAAAGUUAACUAGUCCAAUGAACGAGUGCGAAUAGUGUUGACGUGAUCGACUUGAUACGAAUAAGUUUAAGUUCCAAUCCAGCAGUGUUAUAAUAAGUGUUUCUUGCAAAUUCGAAACGAAACUCUGCUGUAGUCAAUACUCAAAACAACGCUGCGAUACGCAAAUAAAUUGUUAUUUUGAACAUAUGCAAUUCGGACUGCGGGCGAGUCAUCGGACGCGGUGGAACUAAUAUCAAGAGACUCGAAGUAUGAAGUAAGUUUUCUCAAGGAAAAUCUUCCCAUCACCGAAGGAGAUGUUAUGAGUCGCAUCGACGCUUGUAGCGACGUUAUUAAAAAUCUACCUGUACCGAUCGAAUGCAGGAAACUGGAUCUCAGUAGUAAGAACGUUUAUUCCUCCAGUUAUUUUUUUUUCAACAGCUUAGCUGUGUGCAUCAAUCGCCCAUCUCCCGAAAACAAAUUCGUUGCCAUCUGAGGUAAUUAAGACAGGUGCCGUUCAGUAUACCAAAUACUUCAAGCCGGAUCUCGAUAGUUUUUCGGUUUUUUUUUUAAUUAAAGUCAAAUGAUGAUUGCUGGACGGUCAGCCUUGCCAUCGGUGUAGUUGUUGUCUUGCAAUGACGCGCUCCCUCCUCGUGACAAUCCGAAGGAAUCGGUGAAUGAACCCCGUCAACGGAGUUGGUGCUGGUCACUGAUGUGCGUACGGACUUCCUAAAUUCUUGGCGUUGCGUAUGGGUUGAGUUGUAUGAGAAAACACGAAAGUGUCGAACCAUGCUCUAAUAUAGGCUAAAUUACACCUGACGACGGGACGGUCAAUAGCCAAGUACUGUUGAGCGUUCAUAUCGUUUGUAUCGAUUUCCAACACUUGCUUCUCAUUGUCAACUCUGUAUCGUGAAUUGACUCAUCGAUCACAAAAUAACUAACCUCGCACCCAUUAAUUAAUAAAGGGGGCUGCUGAUAGCGUCCCGCUUUAGAUAGUUACCGUAGUAGGUAAGUAAACAAUUUUGUAAAAACAAACAAUUGAGUGGAAUCGGUUUUAAACUUUUGGUUUUCCUCUCAACUCCUGUACGUAAUAUUAGUCUUAACAACUUAACGUUUUAGAGGUCUUAUACGAAAGACAAAAUGUAAAAAAUGUUAAAAUUAGUAUCGUUAAAGAAAAUGAUGAGGCUUAGUACGCAGCUGAAUAUAAUUGUGUUAUUCAAAACAGCCAAAAAUAGGCUAGACGAAACACGCAAAAACUUGUUUGGAGGUCAAAUGCUAUAGGCUACCGCUGCAGGUGAAAUGCUUUCUGUCCUAUUGUGCCCCGUUAUUGUGCCCAAUGUUUUGAAGAAAAAAAACGAGAACAACACUUGUAGACCGAAAGGAGAACUGUAAAGACGCACAACAUUUUCAUUCGUGUCUUGCGUAAUUAUUUACGGGGAAAUCCGUUCGGCUGGAAAAUCUGUUUUGAAAUAGUAAGUAAAUUUUGCAACCAGUAGCUACGUAUUUCCUCGCUGAAAAAUAGUAGUGAUUUUAAUCAAAGUGGGAACCAUUGACUGUCACCUCAGACCUCGCGUUUGUUUACUCCGGUUUAUUCAGUUAUUACACUUUUCUUCUUUUAAGUUUUUUUGCAGUUGAUUAGAGCCUGAAAUAUAUUAUAACGUGAGAUAUAAUUCAAGUGAAAGUCAACAGGUGUAGUCAGUAUGACAACGGUGAAAAUGUCUUCGAUGAACAAUUGGCUUGGAAUCCUUUUGUUAUCAAUGUUACAUCUCGUGGACGCCGAGAAUUUGACGGAUUGGAACACUGGCGACGGCGGAUUCAAGUGGCGGGCCAACUGUGAUUUUCCCGGCGACGAUAUAGGUCAAGUUCUCUUAACAACUGCAACCCGAGAAGAGUGUGGCCGACUUUGUAUUGCCAACCCGCAAUGCAGCCACUUUGUGUUUGGUUAUCUGGAAAAGUGUUACAUGAAGAAUACGCCAUCAACGACACACCGUCAAGACAUCGAUUAUGAAAGCACGGCCAUUUGCGGUUUCAUUCCCUGGAGAUUUGAAUCUCAAAUUGGAAGGGACGACUGGAAAUCUACAAGCGAAAGUGGUGCUCAUAGCUGCAGUUUUUAUGGCAACGACAGUUUGAUUUUGACGACAGAUUGCCGACAGGCUGAAGAUUGCUCCCUAUGGUACGACCAGGUUCUUCCCACUAAUGGUUCAACAGCCUGUAAAUUAUUAGACGGAAAUUCAGGAUCGUGUUGCCCGGUGCUCCCUAAAAUCACUAUAAAGUUCCAUGAAGAAACGCAAUACAUUAAAAUGAUCCCCGAUGAGAGGGAGCGAAUAAUCGACGCGGGAACAAAUCUCACUCUGACGUGUGUCUACGCCUUUGAAGACGAAUAUCAAAAGAAAAAUUAUAAUUUUUCGUGGGAAAUUCCAGAUUACUUAAUAAAAAACACUGAAUUAAGCGACUUGGACAGUCGUCUUCGCAAAACGUUUGGGAGGAACGAGACUCACAUGACAUCGACGUUGUCCCUGGUAAAUGCAAGAGCCAGAGACACUGGAAACUUCGGUUGCAAGGGCAUCCCGUACGGAAUUGCAAACACGUUUACCGUCAGUCAAUACGUCUAUGUUUUCAAUGAUUCGGAACUUGUUAUUAUUGAAGGCAACGAAUUUUACUUCGAAAUUUCUCAAGAUCAAACUAAUUUUCCCGUCAAGUGCAUUCCAACCCAUCCGGAUGUCAAGGUUUCGCUCAUCCACAGACAUCAAUACACAGCAAGAGGCCAAAACUGGUUGGAACCCAAAGCCGAUUUGUUAGAAGAACUAUGUUCGACUUGGUGUUUCAAUAAAAAAAGUGGACUUAAUCUAAAAAAAGCGAAAAUCGACGACUCUGGCCAUUUCGAAUGCAUAGGGACCUACAAAAAUAAGACGAAUUUACAUAAUUUCUAUUUGUUUGUCAGUGGAAUGGAACUGAAAGGAGUUGAUGGUGCAGGUGAUCCUUAUUUUGAAGGAAUUGACGUUACUUUAAUUUGCCGAACUUACCAAUAUACCAAGUUCUCUUCUCCACCAAACUGGUCCUACCGAAUUAAUGGAAAAGAGCAGAUUCACAUCAUUGAUGAAAACAAUUCACCUGAAGGUAUUGAAAUAAGAAAGGACUCAUUUGACUAUAGUGGUAAAACACUUUACGAAAAUCAACUUCACAUCUUCGACAUCAGUCCAAAAGGCUAUAGCUUUCAAUGCCAAGGAAGUGGUUUCAUUGAUUAUGUAUGGAAAACAUUUCUCGCCAAAGAAUUACAUGGGGACUUGAAACAUAAAUCUGUUCAAUUAGAGAAAGAUAUCGCACAAAACUUGACUUGCUUCCUAGGAUCUCAAAAUGCUUCGACCAAAUGGUUAAAGGAUGAGAAAGAAUAUUCAGAACAAGUUUACUCCGUGGGCAACUCUUCAAUCUUACCGCUUUAUGGAAAGAUGGGUGAAAGCGGAAGCUACGCUUGUCAGUGGAAAGUCAGCUUUCCAGGUGAUGCGAAAUACAGAAAUUUCACCGUUUCUUUCCUCGAUAAAAUUCCAGUAAAUGACAAGACCGUCACUAUCGCCGUCCCUACAAUAUUUGCAAUUUUACUUUUCAUCCUAAUUGUCUCCGUUGGAGUGAAAUUUUAUUAUGACAAGAAACGACGAGUUUCACAGGAAGCGUUCGUUAGAUUGCUGAAUGGAAAUGCCAAGCAAAUUAAUAACCAAUCACCAAUAGAAGAGCAAGUAGAAUACCUACCCUAUGAUAGACGCUGGGAAUUUCCAAGAAAUCGUCUGCAACUCGGUAUCCAAUUGGGAACUGGUUGCUUCGGCCGUGUAGUCAAAGCGGAAGCAGUGGGACUCAAAGACUCUGAAGAAGCUGUCAAAACAAUAGCUGUCAAAAUGGUUCGGUCGCAAGCUAAUAUCGCAGCAAUGGAAGCCCUCAUCAGUGAACUGAAAAUUCUCGUCUAUUUGGGAUCACACCUCAAUGUCGUCAAUCUACUGGGAGCCUGCACCAAGCAAAUACACAAGGGAGAACUGUUUGUGAUCGUUGAAUAUUGUCGGUUCGGCAAUUUGCAAACGUUUUUGAUUAACCACAGGAAUAGUUUUGUUAAUCUGGUGGACGAGUUUGGGAACCUGAAAACGCAACACGAAAUUGAAAGUAACAAUUUCACCAGUGGUAAACUAAUCCACAGAUCAAAAGCGGAAGAAAACCCAUCGCAAGCAGAAACGAGCGAUUUUCAAGCUUAUGGCUGUUCUGGCAUGAAUUCAUCCUGUGAAAUUUUGAACGCCAAUUUAACAGAUUUCAACCUCGAAGAAGAACUGGAUGGAAAUUUAGAUCGGUCGAUUUCAACAACCAAUCUCAUUUCUUGGUCUUUUCAAAUAGCUCGAGGAAUGGACUACUUGGUUAGCAAAAAGGUUCUCCAUGGUGAUCUGGCGGCCCGCAAUAUUCUGCUCGCUGACGAUGGAGUUGCAAAAGUGGCCGACUUUGGCAUGGCUAAGAAAAUGUAUUACGAAGACUGCUACGAAAAAAGAGGACAAGGGUUGUUGCCGGUCAAGUGGAUGGCCAUUGAAUCCUUGACGGAUCGCAUCUUUUCCAGCCAAUCUGACGUGUGGUCGUACGGGAUCGUUCUUUGGGAACUCUUUUCUUUGGGUCGAGUUCCCUAUCCAGGUAUGGACGUCGGUCACAUACUCAUGAAAGAAAUUCUAAACGGAUAUCGAAUGGACAAACCGGAACUGGCGCCCAAGUUCUUCGGGGAAAUGAUGGCCGAUUGCUGGAAAUCGGAUCCGAAAGAGAGACCCACUUUCAGCCAAAUGGAGAAGGUUAUCUGCGGCCAUAUGGAGUCGUCGGUCAGCUCAGACUAUUUGAAUAUGAACGCGAUAUAUGUGAAGCUCAACGAAGACAAGGAGAACGCUUCGCCAAAGGAGCAUUUUGGAUUGGCCAAGUUGUUGAGAGAAAAAUCGGAAACUCAAUCCAAGAGAGACGCCACGCGACACUCAUCGUUUCCUAUACGAUUCUCCAAAAAAAGAUGAGAUGGGUGAUGCACAUGUGUGACCGAGCAAUCUGCUAGCAAUAUAUAUUACUCGUUAAAUUUCAC